UUUCCCUCUCACCUCCCCCGACUUUUUCUGCAAAAAUGUUUGGUUCGUCAAGAUCUGGAGGCUUACGCGGAGGUCAGGACCAAUUCAACUGGGACGACGUGAAAGUCGAUAAACACAGAGAGAAUUAUCUGGGAAACUCCUUGAUGGCACCAGUUGGCCGAUGGCAGAAAGGGAAAGAUCUAACGUGGUACGCAAAAGACAAAAAAACUGGCAAACCUUUGUCCAAAGAGGACGAAGUUGCUGCUGUGAAGGCAGCAGAAGAGGAGGCACUUAUGGCGGCCCUAGGGCACAAGAUUAUAAAGAGACAACCAACUGGACUUACCAAAGAGGAUCUUGUGGAGGUUUGUAGAAGGGAAGAGGCUGAUGGUGAAGAGAGGAGCGUGGAUCGUAUAUCAGGCCUGGGAAGUUCCAGUGCGGGGUCACGGAAGAUGCUACUGUCCCAAAAAGAGAAAGAAGCGGCUAAAAUGGGUCUGCCGAUUUUUACACACCACAAAACUGAAGGUCGUCAAGAAACAUCUGCAACGAAAACAUCUGAGAGUGCUGGAAAACAAGACGAGACAGAAGAAAGGCAUGAGAGCAAAAAGAAAAAAGAAAAAAAGAACAAAAAGGAGAAAAAGAAGAAGGAAAAAAAGAAGAAAAGGAAAAGACGAGACUCAUCGUCCGCCGAGUCUUCAUCCUCGGAUGAUAACAGGAAAAGACACAGAAAGGACCACCAUCAUCAUAAUCCAUCAUACCAUAGUCAGAGUGGAGCCAGACCCCAUGACAGCCAUUCAAGGGAGGGAGCAAAGGCCGAGCGACAGCCUUCCCGCCCCCAUCAUCGGUGGCAGAGGCACGACACAGACUCUUCUGACGGGGGGUCUCCUGCUCGCAGCAACUCUGCCUUCCACAAGAAGGCCCCCGCUGGUUCCACACAAAGCCACAGGAGACGCCAUGACACAGACUCGGACGACUAAUGUCCCGCACUCCCCCACUAAAAUCAGAGAAGCAUAGUGCACACGCAGCAUUCUGGGACCUCCUGGAUCAUGGAUAGCCAGGCAAACUGUGUGAUGCAUCUUAGUUUUAUGUUUUAUUUUACACUAUAAGUUGGUCAUGUGGAAGGGAUGAUUGUGGUGUUUAUUGUUCUAUUAAGGUAUGGUGAUGAACUCUUUUAUUUCCAAGGCAAUUUGUUAUUAAAUUUACAAAUCUGG